UGUGCAAUAAAGACACCUAAAAAAAGGACAUGCUUCGGCUGGACGUGGAUUUUUCAUAAUUAGCCACGUUAUCACAUAUUGGCGACGAGGAUAAUUCUGGGAAGUUGACGGAGGAUUGAAAAGAGUGGUGGACUGAAGACGAAGCGGUGCUAAAAAAAAAAAAAAAAGACCGGGCGGACGCAGGACAAGAGCACAUAUAAAACGAAGAUGAAUAUGACGGUAGGAAAUCUGUCAGCAUUUGACUCGAAGGAGCAGACUUGGGAAGAGUACUGCGAGAUUCUGGAUCAGUUCUUCGUUGCUAAUGAUAUUGAUGAUGGAGAUAAGCAACGAGCUAUCCUCAUUAGCGUGGUGGGACCAGCCACAUACAAGCUCAUAAGGAACCUGGUGAGUCCAGAUAAGCCCAGCACGAAAACAUAUAACCAAAUAGUGACUAUCAUGAAAGACCACUUCAAUCCCAAACCAAGCGAGAUCGUGCAGAGAUACAAAUUCGACUCUCGUGCCCGUCAGCCUAGUGAAACUGUGAGUGUAUACGUAGCUGAGCUGAGACGACUCGCUCAGGAUUGUAACUUCGGCACGACACUGGAGCAAAUGUUAAGAGACCGCCUCGUUUGUGGCAUCAAUGAUGAUAGGAUUCAAAGACGUUUGUUAUCUGAAACCGAUUUAACAUUUGAGAAGGCAUUUCAAAUUGCCGUAGCAGCCGAAGCCGCCAGUAGGAAUGUGCAGGACCUUCAAAAUAAAGCUCCGUUAGCUUGUAACAGCAUUAAGACGGAGGGAAAGGAGAGGAAGGGAGACUGGAAAAAGAAAGAGUGCUACAGAUGCCACGGAAAGCAACACAGUGCAGCCGAGUGCAAGUUUAAAGAAGCAAAGUGUCACGCCUGUGGAAAAGUAGGACACAUCGCCAAAGCCUGCCGAAAUAAAAAUAAAGGGAGCUCGCGGCCAGAUGAAAGGAAACCAAACAGAGAGGAGCGGCGCGCGUGUCCACAGAAAGCACACAAGGUGUGUGAGGGGCAGGAUGAUAGUUCAUCAGAGCAAGAAGAAGCCUUCACUGUGAGUGUUAUGAAUGAGACAACAUUUAAUGAAAUGUGGGAAGAGAACAAGCAGCCACAGCUCAAAGAAACUAAGCUCACACUGAGAUCCUAUACAGGGGAGAAAAUUAAAAUUGUGGGAGUAGCAGAUGUGGAAGUAAUCUAUGGCCAGCAAGUGAAGACGUUACCCCUAGUGGUGGUGAAGGGUACUGGAACUAGUUUGCUGGGAAGAGUAUGGCUGGAGACACUGAAGCUUAAGUGGGAUGAAAUAAAACAUGUGAGAGCAGAGACACAAGGGCUACAGCAGGUACUUUCAAAACAUGAAGAUGUUUUUAAAGAAGAGUUAGGCAUGUUAAAAGGCAUGAAAGCAACCAUUCGAGUGUCAGCUGAAGCUUGUCCCAAGUUCUACAGACCCCGCUCAGUUCCGUAUGCCAUGAGAGCAAAAGUUGAAGAGGAGCUUGAGAGACUGCAGAGAGAGAGCAUCAUAACACCAGUAAAGUAUGCUGAGUGGGCUGCACCCAUCGUACCUGUCCUGAAGCCGGAUGGUUCUGUCAGGAUCUGUGGCGAUUAUAAAUUAACAGUCAACAGCGCUUCAUCUCUAGAGCAGUACACCAUUCCCCGAGUGGAAGAUUUGUUUAAUAGUCUAGCAGGAGGGAAACAGUUUUCAAAGCUAGAUUUAAGUCAUGCUUAUCAGCAGAUUGUAAUGGAUGAAGAGUCCAAGAAAUACUUAACAAUUAACACACAUCGUGGCCUGUUUACCUACAAUAGGCUUGCCUUCGGAGUGUCAUCUGCUCCAGCAAUUUUCCAGAGAACCAUGGAAAGCUUGCUACAGGGUCUGCCUAGGGUAGCAGUGUAUUUAGAUGACAUACUUUUGACAGGGGAAGAUGAAGCUGAGCAUCUAAGUACGCUGGACGAGGUACUGAGGAGACUGAAAGAAGCAGGCUUGCGCCUUCACAGACGCAAGUGUGCAUUUCUGAGAAAUGAGGUGGAGUACUUGGGUCACAUUAUUAAUGCAGAAGGUCUGCACCCAGUGCAAAGCAAGAUAGAAGCCAUUGAAGAGGCUCCACAGCCGACCACCGUGACCGAGUUGAAGGCUUAUCUUGGUCUAUUGAACUACUAUAACAAGUUUCUCCCUAACCUAGCUACACGUUUAGCUCCUCUCCACCAGUUGCUGAGAAAAGGGGCCCAGUGGGCCUGGAAUAAGGAGCAGGAAGAUGCUUUUCGACUGUCAAAACAGAUGCUGAAAUCAGCUAAAGUCCUGAGUCACUACUCAGCGGAUAGAGAGUUGGUACUGGCGUGUGACGCCUCACCAUACGGAGUGGGUGCCGUAUUGUCCCAUAUCAUGGAAGAUGGCAGUGAAAAACCCUUAGGUUUCAUGUCCCGCACGCUAACACCAGCCGAGAAGAGAUACUCACAACUGGAUAAAGAGGGCUUAGCUAUCAUGUUUGGAAUAAAGAGAUUCCAUAAAUACAUCUAUGGUCGAAUGUUUACGAUCAGCACGGACCACAAACCACUGAUCUCACUUUUCCAUGAGAAGAAGCCCGUUCCUCAGAUGUGUUCACCAAGAGUGCAAAGAUGGGCAACCCUACUCCGGGCAUACGAGUACAAAAUAAUUUACAAACCAGGAAAAGAGCAUGCAAAUGCAGACGCACUGAGCAGGUUGCCGCUGCCACAUACUGAAGAAGAAGAAGAGACAGCACAAGUCCUUAUGCUGGAUCUGAUGGAAGAUCCGCCUAUCACAUCAGUUCAGGUGAAGCAGUGGACAGCCAAAGACGAAACACUGUCGCAAGUGUUACUCUGGUGCAUGAAAGGUUGGCCAAAAGAAGUGGACACAGUGUUCAAACCCUACUCUAAAAAGAAACUAGAAUUGAGUGUGAAAGAUGGAUGUGUCCUCUGGGGGUCAAGAGUGGUCGUUCCGAAGAAAGGAAGGAGCGUCAUACUGAAACAGCUGCACGCCACGCACCCAGGGAUGUCCAGGAUGAAAGGUUUAGCACGCUCAUAUGUGUGGUGGCCAGGAAUGGAUUCUGAUGUCGAGAAGGAAGUUCAGUCCUGCCACACAUGCCAAGAAAAUAGGAAGUGUCCUGCAGGGGCGCCACUUCAUCCAUGGGAGUGGCCAGAAACACCCUGGAGCAGGCUGCAUAUUGAUUAUGCAGGUCCUUACCUUGGAAAGAUGUUCCUGAUAAUAGUGGAUGCACAUUCUAAAUGGAUUGAUGCAUACCCAACAAACACUGCAACAAGUCAGGUGACUAUUGAAAAGCUGAGACAGUGCUUUAGCAUACAUGGUCUUCCCCAGACAAUAGUAUCUGACAAUGGAACAUGCUUUACCAGUCAAGAGUUUGCAACAUUCCUGAAGCAGAAUGGAAUACAGCAUAAAACAUCCGCACCUUUCCACCCCGCAUCGAACGGACUAGCGGAAAGAGCUGUUCAGACAUUCAAACAGGGAAUUAAGAAAACAAAAGGAGAUACACUGGAAACAAAAAUAGCCAGGUUUCUGUUCAACUACAGAAUUACACCACAAAGUACGACUGGCUUGUCACCCGCUGAAAUGCUCAUGUCCAGAAGACUGCGUUCUACACUGGAUCUUUUGCUGCCAGAUGUGAAGUCAAAGAUUCGUAAGAAACAACUCAAACAAAAAGAACAUCACGACACACACAGUAAGUGGAGAAGUUUUGCACCUGGAGAUGAUGUAUAUGUCCGUAACUACAGCUAUGGACCAAAGUGGAUACCGGCAGUAGUGGAUGAGAACACUGGACCCGUAUCCUAUACAGUGCAGGCUGGAGAUGGACGUGUGAUGAGACGUCACGUCGACCAGAUUCGUAAGCGUCAAGCAUCAUCAAACGAGAUGUCCAGUCAUGAGGUGGAAGGAGAGCCUGUCAGCCUGCAGUUGCCAGAGCAGGCAGUGGAGGUCGUGCCUGCAGACCCGGGUGUUCCAACUUCAGUGGGAGGGGAAAUGACUGAGGAGCCUGCUGAGUCAACCCAGGUUCAUCCUCCAGCUGAACUUUUGCUAGGGACAGAAGCCCAAAAGACACCUGUGCUGCGAAGAUCUGCACGCACCAGACAGGCUCCUGCUUAUCUGAGAGACUUUGUUAAUUAG